AUGGAGAGCGCACUCACACCAAGCUUCGCCCCGUUCUUCGGCAUGAGCGGUAUUGCAGGAGCUAUGAUCUUUGGAUGCGUCGGAGCUGCCUAUGGCACCGCUAAGUCGGGUAUUGGAAUUGCAGGUGUGGGAACAUUCCGACCGGAUCUCAUUAUGAAGUGUCUAAUUCCCGUCGUCAUGUCUGGUAUCCUGGCCGUAUACGCUCUCGUUAUCUCCGUGCUCAUCGCGAGCGACAUUCGACCCCCGGGCGACUCCUCUAACUACUCUCUGUUCGCUGGGUUCAUGCACAUGGCUUCCGGCUUGUCCGUGGGACUUUCUGGGAUGGCCGCUGGGUACGCUAUUGGAAUCGUUGGUGAUGCGGGUGUACGCGCAUACAUGCGCCAAUCUAGAAUCUUUGUGGGAAUGGUGCUGAUUCUGAUCUUUGCUGAGGUUCUUGGACUUUACGGUCUCAUUGUAGCUCUCAUUCUCAACACUAGGGCAAGCGGAUAG